AUGGACAGGAUCCUAAACAAGAAGAUCAUUCUGGAGGGUCUGAAAGAGAAUAAGAUCUUUCCAUUUUUUAAAGACGAGGAUUAUGAAAGGAUUUUAAAUUCCUUAAGCUUUGUGUAUUACAAGAAGGGAAGCAAGGUCUGGGUCAAGGAUUCCGAGUUUCUGAUGAGUCUAUUUGAAGGAGAGAUUGAUGAUGGAGAGGCUAGAAGAAUCAAGGCGAAGGAGGUUAUCCGAAAAGGAUUUACUGCAUUGAGUGCAAUACAAGGAGCACAUAUACCGAGAGAAUGCCAAGGAUAUGGAAGUCACGAUAGUGGUGAAUCCAAAGGGUAG